GUGACCAGUCCAGCGAGGGGCCGGAGAAGGACGAGGACCUGGCUGGCCAUGGCGCUCGACUUCCUAGCUGGAUGCGCCGGGGGUGUGGCCGGCGUGCUGGUGGGACACCCGUUUGACACCGUUAAGGUGCGGCUGCAGGUCCAGAAUGCCGAGAGGCCACAGUACCGGGGUACGCUGCACUGCUUCCAGACCAUCAUCCGGCAGGAGAGUGUGCUGGGCCUGUACAAGGGCCUGGGCUCGCCGCUCAUGGGGCUCACCUUCAUCAACGCGCUGGUGUUCGGGGUGCAGGGCAACACCCUGCGCGCGCUGGGCCGCGACUCGCCGCUCAACCAGUUCCUGGCGGGCGCGGCGGCGGGCGCCAUCCAGUGCGUCAUCUGCUGCCCCAUGGAGCUGGCCAAGACGCGGCUGCAGCUGCAGGACGCGGGCCCGGCGCGGCCCUACCGCGGCUCGCUGCACUGCCUGGCGCACAUCUACCGGCAGGAGGGCGUGCGGGGGGUGCACCGCGGCAUGGUGGCCACGCUGCUGCGCGAGACCCCCAGCUUCGGCGUCUACUUCCUGUCCUACGACGUGCUCACGCGCGCCCUGGGCUGCGCGCCGGGCGACCGGCUGCUGGUGGCCAAGCUGCUGCUGGCGGGCGGCACGUCGGGCAUCCUGUCCUGGCUGUCCACCUACCCGCUGGACGUGAUCAAGUCGCGGCUGCAGGCCGACGGGCUGCGGGGCUCCCCGCGCUACCGCGGCCUGCUGGACUGCGCGCGCCAGAGUUACCAGGCCGAGGGCUGGCGCGUCUUCACGCGCGGCCUCACGUCCACGCUGCUGCGCGCCUUCCCCGUCAACGCGGCCACCUUCGCCACCGUCACCGUGGUGCUGUCCUACGCGCGCGGCCCCGAGGCGCGGCCCGACGGCGACGCGGCCGGCCCGGCGCCCGCCCUGACGCAGAGGUCCAGCCUGUGACCGGCGCGGGGCUCCCCGUCGGGUCCGCUGCGCUCCGAGGCCGCCGUCCCGGGGCGCAGCCCCUGGGCGACUUGGCACCUGGCACGGGCCCCGCAGGCCGCCUUGGCCAGUCACCGGGCACGCGGGGGCCAUCUCUCCAGCGCCCUGCCCGCCCGGCACCUGCAGUCCCCAGACCCCACCCUCUGGGUGCGCCCGCCGUUGGGUCCGGUGGGGUCUCGGAGGGCUCCAGGCCGCAUUUUGUCUGCCACCUGUUCCAGGCUGUGGCCGACAGAAGCGGCCUUGGGGGCCUGUCCACUGGGCACUGCGGGGCAGAGGCGGCCCUGUGUGCAGACACUCCAAGAAGCCACAUGCUUGGGCUUCAGGGACGGCAGGAGACCCCACCCUCCACACCUCCCAGUGAACACUCCUGGCCGCAGGGAAACUCCCUCUGGGCCUCAGGCUGCCUGUCUAUAAAAUGGGCCCUGUGGCUCCGGCCCUCCUGUGAAUGGUGGGUGCGACGCCACCCAGGCCUGUGGCAGCGAGGUGGCUCGUUCUGUCCAGACUGGCGCUGACCCUCACCCCCCUGUCCGGCCAAAACUGCCCAGGGAAUAAAGUCUUGUUUUGUAAAGAGCA